AUGUUAGGUCUCAGAUUGUUGAUUUCUGCGUUGCCUCAACCAGGAGAUGAUAGUGUUCGAGACAUUGGCUCACUGUUCACUGCGAAUGAGAAGGCUGAGUGGUCUGAGAUCUACUCGAUUGGGAUGACUCCAUGUUAUGCAUCCUUGGUCAUUGUUGCGUCUCACAACUGGAUGCCUUCGACUCAUAGCAACCAUGUGUCUGAGCCACGAGCUAAGCUUAUCUACAAGCUAUCCACAGGAGUCGAGUUGAUUUUGAUGCAAGCGCCUCUCCCUCUCCUUGAUGAUGAUGUCCUCAUUCGUCAGACCUCCAGCAGCAGCUCCAUCAGACUACAUCAGAGGCCUUCAUCACUGUGGAUCUUGGCUCUGUCCGCUUCCCACUCCACCAAUUCAGCCAGCGCGAUUCAGGCACUCGGCGACAUCGUCUACACUCUCCAGACCUUCACGGAGGUUCAGGGCCUUCUCGCCAACCUCAAGGUGCUUGUAAGACACAAAGCUAAAAAGGGGGAGAUUGAAGAUGCAACUGGUUUGACGCAGAUCGUGAAUCAGUCAGGAAGUGCAUCAGGACGUAUGGACGGACAUGUAGCGGAGCUAAGCGGAGCUUAA